AUGCAUUCCGGCGAGCCUCUUUUUCCGUUCGAGACAGAUCAGGACGCAAACAACAAGAUCGGCCGCGUCCUGAUCAUCGCUUGCGGUGCGCUCGCACGCGAGAUUGUCGCCAUUCGUGAUCUGAAUGGCCUCGACCAUAUCGACCUCACCUGCCUGCCGGCCAAGCUGCACAACACACCGGACAAGAUACCCGACGAGGUCCGUCGCGCUAUUCUGCUGAACCAGGACGUUUAUUCCGAAAUCCUCAUCGGCUACGGCGACUGUGGAACCGGUGGCCUUCUUGACAAGGUGCUGGAGGAAACCGGCGCCAAACGCAUCGAAGGAGCGCACUGCUACGCGUUCUUUUCCGGCCUGGAAGAAUUCGAAAAAAUUUCAGAGGAAGAGCUCGGCACAUUUUAUCUGACCGAUUUCCUUGCACGCCACUUCCAGACAAUGGUCAUCGAACCGCUCGGUCUCGACUGGCAUCCGCAUCUCAGGGACAUGUAUUUCGCCCACUACAAGCGGCUCGUCUAUCUCGCACAGACGGACAAUCCGAAACUUGAAACAGCUGCCCGCGAGGCCGCCGAGAGGCUCCAGCUGGAAUUUGAAAUCCGCCGAACAGGAUACGGGAUGCUUUCGACCUUUCUCGGCGGCACGAACGAACCUUGA